UAGGAGAACAAAGCCAAAUCCUAACUAUAAAUAGACUAAUGACAAUACUCACUUUGUGAAGGAAGCAAUCUGAAAUAUUUUGCAAGAAGAAAAGUUUUGUUAGGUUUCCGUACGCUUUUAUAAUACCAAAGGCUUUUUUAUUAUCUGAUAAGUUGGAUUUAAAUCAUGGGGAAAGGAUUUCAAGUAGUUGUGGUGAGAGAUUAUGAUCCAAACAGAGACUUAAAGAGAGUGGAAGAGCUUGAAAAAAGCUGUGAAGUCGGGUCUUUACUAGUUGAUCUCAUGGGUGACCCACUUGCCCGGAUCCGACAAUCUCCUUCUUUCUACAUGCUGGUGGCUGAGAUCGAUAAUGAGAUAGUUGGGAUGAUUAGAGGAACGAUCAAGACGGUGACACGCGGUGGAAAUGCAUUACACGAUGGCACUUCACCGGUAACAAGCACCACCAAACUCGCCUUCGUCUCCGGCCUCCGUGUCUCUCCGUACUACAGGAGGAUGGGAAUUGGAUUGAAACUGGUGCAAAGGCUCGAAGAUUGGUUUCGCUUAAACGACGCCGCUUACGCAUACGUGCAAACCGAAAACGACAACGCAGCUUCGGUCAAACUCUUCACCGAGAAAAGCGGUUACUCCAAGUACCGAACACCUACUUUCCUGGUCAACCCUGUCUUUAACCACCGAGUCACAGUCUCAAGCCGAGUCAAUAUCAUCAAACUCGAUCCCUCCGACGCCGAGUCACUCUACCGCAACCGGUUCUCCUCCACCGAGUUUUUCCCUUCAGACAUCAACUCAAUCCUCACCAACAAACUCUCUCUAGGCACUUUCCUAGCCGUGCCACGUGGCGGCGACUACGUUUCCGGGUCUCUACCCGGGUCAUGGGCGGUUAUAAGUAUCUGGAACAGCAAAGAAGUGUACAAGCUUCAAGUUCAAGGCACUUCUCGUCUCAAACGCGCAUUAGCGAAGACGACGCGCGUUUUAGACGGCGCGUUCCCGUUUCUGAAGAUCCCGUCGUUUCCUAAUCUUUUCAAGCCCUUUGCCAUGCAUUUCUUGUACGGCAUCGGCGGAGAAGGGCCACGUGCGGCGGAGAUGGUGGAGGCGCUUUGUUCGCACGCUCAUAACAUAGCUAAAAAGAGUGGUUGCGCCGUGUUGGCUGCUGAAGUGGGGAGCUGUGAGCCACUCAGAGCUUGUAUCCCUCACUGGAAGGCGCUCUCGCCGGAGGAUUUGUGGUGCUUGAAACGUCUCCGAGAUGAUGACGGUGCAGACUGGACUAAGUCAACGCCUGGAUUGUCCGUUUUCGUUGACCCUAGAGACAUAUAAUGAUUUGUUUAUAAUUAAUAUCUUUAGAGGGAUCUAAAUACCAAACACAAGUGUUGAAAUUACAAAAUCUGAGACCAAGUCUUAGUGUUAUACUCGAUUACUCUCUUUACGCUUUUUUAGUUUUGUCUGUAAUUUCAUACUAGAUCAAGUGUAAAUAAAC